AUGAAGUUCUGUUUGAUCCUGCUUCUCAUCUCCUUGGCCUCAUUGUUUGGAGCGUUGGCCGAACAAUGUGGGCGUCAAGCUGGGGGAGCUCUAUGUCCGGGGGGGCUCUGUUGUAGCCAAUAUGGCUGGUGUGGCAACACCUACCCUUACUGUAGACCGGAUACUUGCCAGAGUCAGUGUAGUGGUAGCACUCCAACGCCAACGCCGGCAAAUCCAUCCGGCGACGUGACCUCCCUCAUCAAUGAGACCCUUUUCAAUGAGAUGCUCAAGCAUCGAAAUGACGUGGUUUGCUCUAAUGGUUUCUACACUUACAAUGCUUUCAUAACCGCUGCACGGUCCUUCACCGGCUUCGCAACGACCGGCGACACCAAUACACGUAAAAGGGAGAUUGCAGCUUUCUUGGGUCAAACUUCCCAUGAAACUACAGGAGGAUGGGCAACUGCUCCAGACGGCCCUUAUGCUUGGGGGUAUUGCUUUAUUGAAGAACGGAACAAUCCCGGUGACUUCUGUAGUCCCUCCACACAGUGGCCAUGCGCUCCAGGCAAAAAGUAUUACGGCCGAGGCCCCAUCCAAAUCUCACACAACUACAACUACGGGCCAGCCGGAAGAUACAUAGGGUCGGACCUCCUUAACAACCCAGACCUGGUUGCCACGGACGCAACCAUAUCAUUCAAGACAGCGCUCUGGUUCUGGAUGACCCCUCAGUCCCCGAAACCUUCAUGCCACGAUGUGAUCAGCGGACAAUGGACACCAACAGCUACAGACACGGCUGGCGGUCGAGUCCCUGGGUAUGGUGUCAUUACCAACAUCAUCAACGGAGGAAAUGAAUGUGGCAGAGGGACAGUUGCCCAAGUUGAGGACCGCAUUGGGUUUUAUAAGAGAUAUUGCGAUAUGUUAGGAGUGAGCUAUGGUGAUAACCUCGACUGCUAUAACCAAAGGUCUUUCGUUUAGAUGAUGCUCUGCUCCAUCAUCUCUAAUCUCUUCACUGAAGCCUGAACUAUAAUAAAACAACGGCCACUACUGGCUUAACUAGGAUAUCCAUGCAUCCACGUUUCAUUCUCUUAUCUGUAUCAAGAAGCUGAUAUAUAUGUACAAGUAUAUAUCUCGGGUCUCGGCUGGUGGUGAUUCUAUACAGUUUAAUAAAAGCUACUCGAGGAGGAGAACUUCAAUUUAUUUGCUGCAUGUAUGAUUAUA